AUGGCUAUCCUCUCGAUGGUGCCAGCGCUGCUUCUUGCGCUCGCAUCUUGGACACCCGCCGUCGCUGCCCAGAGCGCCGCCGAUUACUUUGUCCACGAACUGCCCGGCGCACCCAAGGAACCUUUCAUCAAGAUGCACGCUGGCCACGUCGAAGUAACUCCCGAACAUAACGGAAACCUAUUCUUCUGGCAUUUCCAGAAUCAGCACAUUGCCAAUAAGCAGCGCACCGUCAUCUGGCUGAACGGCGGUCCAGGAUGCAGUUCCGAGGAUGGUGCUCUGAUGGAAAUCGGUCCCUACCGAGUCAAGGAUAAGGACAACCUCGAGUAUAAUAACGGCUCAUGGAACGAAUUUGCCAACCUGCUCUUUGUCGAUAACCCCGUUGGCACUGGCUUCAGCUAUGUCGAUACCGAUAGCUACCUGCACGAGCUUCCCGAGAUGGCCGACCAGUUUGUUGCAUUCCUCGAAAAGUGGUUUGCCAUGUUCCCCGAGUACGAGCAUGACGACCUCUACAUCGCCGGUGAAUCUUAUGCCGGCCAGCAUAUUCCUUAUAUUGCGAAGCACAUCCUCGAGAGAAACAAGAAGCCUGGCACAAAGCACAUUUGGCAGCUCAAGGGCCUCAUCAUGGGUAAUGCAUGGAUCUCUCCCAAGGAGCAGUACGAUGCCUACCUUAAAUACGCAUACGAGAAGAAACUUAUCGAGACGGGAUCACCCAUCGCCUUGAAGUUGGAGCAGCAAUGGCGCAUUUGCCGCACCUCGCUGGCCGUCACAAACACUGUCGAUUUCUCCGAGUGCGAGGCUGUCCUGCAGAGCCUUCUCGAACAGACGGCCAAGGUCAACUCCAAGGGCGAACGCGAGUGCAUCAACAUGUACGACAUUCGUCUCCGCGACACCUACCCUUCCUGCGGCAUGAACUGGCCCCCAGACUUGGUCAACGUCACCCCCUACUUGCGCAAAACCGAAGUAGUAAACGCCCUGCAUAUUAACCCGCAAAAAAACACCGGCUGGAAGGAAUGCAACGGUGCCGUAGGUGCCGCGUUCAGAGCUCCAAAGUCAGCGCCGUCAAGAGAUUUCCUUCCCGAUCUUCUCAAGGAGGUACCCGUUGUUCUCUUCUCUGGAGCCGAGGAUCUUAUUUGCAACCACAUGGGAACCGAACAGAUGAUUGGCGAUAUGGAAUGGAAUGGCGGCAAGGGUUUCGAGCUUACUCCUGGCAACUGGGCUCCUCGCCGCGACUGGACCGUCGAGGGUGAGGCUGCCGGGUUCUGGCAGGAGGCCCGCAACCUCACGUACAUUCUCUUCUACAACUCUUCUCACAUGGUGCCUUUCGACUACGCUCGCCGAAGUCGCGACAUGCUGGACCGUGUCAUGAAGGUUGAUAUCAGCUCUGUUGGCGGCACGCCCACCGACUCCCGUCUCGAUGGCGAGACCGGCCCUGCCACUUCGGUCGGUAAUAUUGGCAAUAGCACUUCCGACGAAGAGGAAACGCAGAAGAAGCUGGACGAUGCCAAGUGGAAGGCGUACUACCGAUCGGGCGAGAUUGUCCUCAUAAUUGUCACCAUUGCAGCCAGUGCUUGGGGCUGGUACGUGUGGAAGGAGCGCCGCAAGCGCAGGGGCUACUCUGGUAUCAUGGGUAACACUCCUCCUACCACUCAAAGAGGCGCCGCGCGUGGUCUCGAGGGAUUCCGUGACCGGAGGACUGGUCGCGACGUUGAGACGGGCGACUUUGACGAGAGCGAAUUGGACGAUUUGCACGUGACAACACCGACGACAGAGAUGGAUAAGGACCGCUACAGCGUCGGAGGGGAUAGCGAUGAUGAGGCUCACGAGAAACCCUCAAGAGCAGACGGCAGCCGCUCAGUGCGGUGA